AUGUAUUUAUGUAACAACUCAGUUCCAGUUAACACUCCGUUUCAGGAAGCUAUAAACAAUCUUGAAGGAUUAUUCUUAGAAAUACAAGUCCUUAAACGUAAAGUCUCAAAAGAUGCUGAGAGGUCAAAACAGCGUAAACGACUUCAAAAAAGAAUACGAACUGUCAAAGAUAAGGCUCGCAAGUUGAUGAGCAAAAUCAAGGAACAGUACAAACUGGACAUCUCCGAAGAACAAUUCGAUAGCGUUCCAUAUCACGAAGAUCAACAGCUUUGUGAAGCAUGGAUGCUAACCUGCCGUUGUGAAGAGGAGGUUAUUAUAUCCCCUAAUGAGUUGAAGCAAUUUUUCGCAACUCUAAAUCAACUUCUUCUCGAUUUACAAGACAAACUGAAGAAUCAAACUGGACGCAUUAUAGAAAUUACUUCAAAAAUCGAAGAAGGGUGUGCUGCUAGCUCCCUACUAGAUGAGAAAGAAAUACUGUCUGGGUCAAACUUUCUUAUUGAAAGCGAAAUCUAUAACCUUAGUUGUAUCGAAUCGACGGGUUUGGAUUUGCUUAGAAAUGAUUUGUUGAAGGCAAAGGAGGGGGUGGAUGAUGAGGAACUACUUGAACAUUUGAUCCUGUCAGAGGAUUUUUCCGGAACCAUCCCAAACGCGGAUAAGGAUUUAGACGAAGAAGAUGCAGAUGAAGAUGAAGACGAUGAUUAUGACUAUGAAGAUUUCGAAACCGAUGAAUCUGGCAGUGAAGACGUUGGAAUAAAUUCCAAAUCAAAAUCCCCGGAUAAUGAAGAUCACAGAGCAGAGGAAUUGUUUUUGGGGAAUUUAGAUGAUGAAGACUGUGGUAUUUAG